AUUUAGCUGAUUGCAUUAUCGGAUCAGAUUUAACCUGCAGUCCAACAAUAUAGACUUAAGUAUCGUUGUACCUAGUUUACGUAGUUUUCAUGCGAAUAUUAGCGGGCAGAGCAUUUAGCUAACUCACGUUAGUGGAGCUAACACCAGCAGCAGUUUUGUUAUUUCAUCACAUCCUGGAUUUAUUUUCUGGAAGCAACGAAAACAGGCGACUUCAGAAAUGUCUUCAGACGAAGACAGGGCCAAGGAGAUUUUGAAGGGCUUCAAACUAAACUGGAUGAAUCUUAGAGAUGCAGAGACGGGCAAAGUGCUGUGGCAGGGAACGGAGGACCUCUCGGUACCGGGGGUAGAACAUGAAGCUCGCGUCCCCAAGAAGAUCCUCAAGUGUAAAGCUGUGUCCAGAGAACUGAACUUCUCCUCGUCAGAGAAACUGGAGAAGUUCAGACUGGAGCAGAAAGUGUUCUUCAAAGGACAGUGUCUAGAAGAAUGGUUCUUUGAGUUCGGCUUUGUUAUCCCCAACUCCACCAACACAUGGCAGUCUCUGAUAGAAGCAGCUCCAGAGUCCCAGAUGAUGCCAGCCAAUGUUUUAACCGGGAACGUGAUAAUAGAGACUAAGUUCUUCGAUGACGACCUCCAUGUCAGUACCUCCAAAGUACGGCUUUUCUACGUCUGACCUCCAAACCCCUCACUCUACCUUCCAAAAUGCUGACGUCCUGCCAAGGUCUUUAAAUUACAAAGGUUAGCUACAAUUCGGAGCAGUAAACGUCUCACGGCUGACUUGGGAUCAUCACUUCUCCCACAGUCAGUGAAGUGUUUGGUUGUUCUCUGUUUUGUGUCCACCUGAAAAGACCUUGGACAGGGGAGAGGAGGAGAGAGCCGUUUCCUCUGUUCCAUGAUCCACACUGUAAAUACAUUAUCUCCAGUAAGCCAGCGAGCCACUCUGAGAUAAAACACCCCCCCCCCAACCCUCACUCUAAGGUUGCAUUAACUCAGGAACAGAACAUCAGACAUGUAACCUGUCUGUUCAAAACUCUGCUCUGCUCUCCAUGUGUCUCCUGAGCGUUUCCUUUCGCUGUGUCCCACUCCAAAGGACACUUCCUGUGGCAGAAUACAUCAUCAAGUCCCAGACUCAAAAUCCCAAGAUCCUUUGCACUAGUCAGUUCACGUUUCCUUGUAGUCAGAAAAUCUAUUCUCAGAGAAAUGGAUCAAGUUAUACAGACAUAUUUGGGCUUCUUAAGUGUAAACGCUGACAAUGACCCCUUAAUGCAUCAUUAAUGGUGGUCCAAUCCUCUGCAGUGGGACACAGUUGUCCCGCCUCCUGCUCCAUUAGCCCCAGUAGAUCAGUGUGGUGAUGGAGGACCACACUUCUUUACUUCCUGCUUUAUCUGGAAUCUUCUUUUUGCCUGUAUUAUUGGGAUGAGAAGCUGCACACUGUUGUUAUGAUGACACGUGUGGAAGGAGGCUUUUAUGUGCUUAAAUACUCUACUCUCAACUAAACCAUCUUUUAUUCUCAUUAUCUCUUCACUUGGCUCCGCUCUGUACAUUCUCACUUCCCAUUCCGAUUCACUGUUUUUGUUUUUUUUCUUAGCUGCUAACUGAGCUGUGUAAAAUAGACUUGUGUUUUAAUAUGACAAACGUUGUGGAUUAAAGUUAUCCAAUGUUGUAAUAACA